AUGUCAGAUUUCUCGCCUGACAUGAAGAAUCUUGAUAUUGAUCCAAUUCCUGUAGACUGUGAUUUAUCCUAUAAUACAAACAUUGAAGUUUUAAAAUUCACAGCUCAAAUAAUUUACAUUAUUACUGGGAUAUUUUUGAAUUCGGCCGUAUUGGGGACUAUUCUCUGGAGAUGUAGAGAAGUUUAUUCCACGAACUCUUUUUUUACUCUUUUUUCGGUUGAUUGUAUAGCUAACAUAUCAAUUCUUAUAACAGAAGGUUUAUUUGCUCGUUUCUUUAUUUACUUUACACCAAUAUGCCCUGUUCUCGCUGAUUACUUUCAAUCUCCGCUUGUUGGGUUUAAGAUUAUAAUGUUAUUAACUCAUCAUGUAUCAAUUUGUAAAUCCCUUUUACAAGUUUUGUUAGUUUUAAAUCGAAUGACGUGUGUCCUGUUUCCAAUAACGCACGAUUCAAUAUGGAGAAAAAGCUUGAAAUAUGUGAUUAGUGCAGUUUUUUUAAUUCCAUUUUGUGCUGACUGGAAUAUUGCUAUAUCUCGAGUUUACAUGCAAUCCACGUAUGGAGGUUUCUGGGUUAGCUAUUUCAAGAAAGUUAGCUGGGCAAGCCAAUCUCGUUUUCAACUUGUUUUUAUUAUUAUUGCAUUAUCAUUUACAUUUAUAUGCACUGCAAUUACUUUGUUAAAACUUCCAGAAAGAUCAAAAGAAAUAGAAAAAGCAAUCUCUAAUGCAACGGUUAUCAUAUCCAUUGGGUUCACUUUUAAAGUUUUAUUUCAGAUAUACUACAGCUUUUUCUUCUCAUACACUGAUGCAUCAAGCCCCGUUUAUGGAUUUAGCUUUUUAGCUCUAGACUUUUUAACUGUUGGUUCUCCAAUUGUAAUGAUAUGUGUUAGCAGAAAUCUUCGAACUCACAUUUUUAAAAGUAAACGAAAAAAUCAGACACUGUCAAAAAUGUUAACUAGAACUUCCGGAAUGGUGAUUGCUCGUUGAACUUUUUCGAAUAAAGUAUUGUUUAUUCAACA